AUGUCGCUGCUGGGCCGUCGCUUUGGCCUGGGCCUUGAGCCCAGUUCGGACUCUGCUGGAUGGGAGCCUACAAAACACCAUGAAUCCCCUACCGAGAUCUCUCCUUCUAUCCGGUUCCUUCUCGACGAGAUCCACAGGAGGUUCGACGAGUCCGAUGCUCGCUUCGACCGGCUCUUCGCCAGGCUGCAGCAGCCCGCACGCGGACGCGCUCCCUCCUCCUGCAACGACGACUCGGGCGCCGUCCCCGUCGAUGCGUUCGUCACCUCCACCGAACCCGACGCGCCGCUCAGCGCUGACCAGAAGCUCGUCCGGUACGGCCCCGUCAACACCCCCGCCUCCGAGUCGCUCCGCCCCGCGUCCGAGAAGGGCGUCUCCAUCGCGCUCGACGACGCUCCGCCGAUGAGGGAGCCGCGGGAUGCCGUCGAGGAGCUCCGCAUCGGCGCCCUCAAGCUGAGCGACGUCCUGGAGGAGCGAGUCUGCGAGCUGGCUUCCUCCGACACGACCGCGCCUCCGUCGCCGACGGCGCGGAACUCAGUGCCCGCUCCGCCCUCCUCCCUACUCUCCGCGGAACAUCCGAAGCCAUCCUCCCUCGCGCCGCUGUUGCAGCCGGCUGUCGAGGCGGCGCGUCCUUCGCAUCCUCCUGCCAUCGUCGACAGGCCGUACCGCAUCGAGGCAAGACCUCCGCCUCCCGUCCACGACGACACUGCGGGGGAGGAGCUCUCGGGCACGAGCAUCGACCUCGGCCUUCAGCAGGUCGCCGAGGAGCUCGCGUCGCUGGAGUGCCAUGAGCUGGCGUCGUGCAACAUGCUCGGCCUGCUCGAGGACUCGCAGUUCUCCGACUUCUCCGAGACCGCACGGGAGCAAUGGGAAGCCACCGUGGUCCUCCUCAUCGGUGCCCACGAGCAGCGCGACGCCCCCAAGCUCGACUCUGAGGCCGAUCCGCCCGUGCAGAACCGCGUUUCCGUCGGGGACGAGAUCCCCAACCACCUCGACCGUGCCAACUCCAGCGCUGUCGUCACCGCAGUCUCCCUGCACGUCCUCGACCGCCUUAGCCUCCUUCCCGACGUGCUCCUCGGCAACAUUGUCUCCCGCCUUCCCAUCAAGGAUGCCACGCGCACGUCGAUACUCUCCCGCCGCUGGAGGCCUCUCUGGCGCGUCGCUCCGUUCGUGUCGCUGGUGCACUCCGACCAGUUCGAGCGGAACGCCGUGCAGGACCUCUGCCGCCUCUACGAGCUUGGCACCUCCCAGCUGAUGGUGCACCCUGGGAUGCCUCCAACGCUGCCCUCAAGGUGUUCGACACUCGGUGGCAACCGUAUCGAGUGCGCUCCCGAGGAGAAGCCGUUCGUGCACGUUCUUUCCCAUGGUCGCGCACUGCAAGCUACCGACCAGCACGUCCGCAACAUCAUAGAGGCGUCUACAGCAGCAGCUUCGACGAGAGCGAAGGAUCCUAUCACCACCAGCGUCCAAUUCAUCUCCAUCAUCAACGCCACCAUGGGCGCUCAUUGGGUGUUGGACGAAAUGCUAACUAGGUACAUCACCAACUUCACCCAUGCAUACUUGAUUGGUGUUGUGAUGCCAUGCUCUGCAUCUGAGACACAUGGUGUUCAGUGGGUGUUUGAGGGCCAGUUCUCUCAGAAUCCAGUGCAGUUUGUGAUACUCGGUGAUGAGGAUAUUGGUAAUCUUGAGGACCAUCAGCUGAUAGCUGAAAUUAGCAAGAGGGAUGUUGCUCCGAUUCAUUUGUUCAUGCGAGAUUCAGCAGGCUGGGUUGCUGUGCAGUACAGGCCUCCGUGGCCACCACCUCAUCAGCUUGAGAUGUUGAGAGAUGGUGUUCAACUCAGACCUACACCUUGGCCAUCCUUUACCUGUCUGACAACUUGGCGCAGUACAUGUUCAGUCCACGAGUGUCUGAUGCAGCUACUCUAUGGCGUGAUUAAUCGGGGGCUUACACAGUUUGAUUACACCUCUCUAUCUCAUGGGUUUGUCAUCAGUUUUGUGGGACUAAUUGCAGAGAUGAGAUUUUUCAGCUCUAUGGUGCUCCUUCUGUCAAUACUACCAGUUCAGAAGCAUCACCGGUUGCUCAGUCCUGAUGCACUUAUUAUUAUACACCUGGUUCAUUUCAAUGCGGUUCUGAAAUUGGCAGGCUGUAGCAAGGUGACUAUGCAUACUUUUGAGUUUUAUUCAGUAUUGAUGCAACUGAUCAAGUAUGAUUCUGUCCACCGUCUUCCUUCUCCUAUGUGGGGAGAUCACCACAAGCUUGACGUCAUAGUUGCAGUGUACAACUUCAACAAUAGUGGUGUGUUAUUGCAUCAAUUUACCACAACUGUCCAAGCACAAACAGCUAGCGCCAUGUGGCUGCUGCUUGCAAUUAAUUCUCUUGCUCAUGAGGAGUUUCAGUUCAGUUUUGAAACAGAAAAGAUGAUGGGAACUAAUGUUAUGGUGUUACUGCACAUUUUCACUAUGGAGGCAUCAGUGCCAUGGGAUCCUGAUGGUUUGCAGCUCUUGAUAUCAGCGAUUCAACAGCGAGUACACCGGAAGUGUGGUGGCAAUUGUCGGUCUUUCUUGCUUGACGUCACAGCACAUAAAUUUCGAGUAGCAAGAACCUGCAACACCUUUGUAGAAAAGAUUAAGGCAAGAUACCCCAAUGAAUCUAAUUCAUCCUCUAGAAAAGAAGUUGAGAAAGGAGGCAUUGAUCUUGGCAGCAAGGUUAUUCAAAAUAACCCCAUAGAUGCGCCUGGGAAGCAUGCUAACAAAAUUCUUGGUGGUUUGAAUUCUGCUAAAUCAUUUGUAAGGCACUCAAGUUGA